UCAGGCCUCCUACUGAACUCAACAAAUUCCGCAUUCGACCGCGGACCGCCGGUCGAGUGAACGUUGUCUCACAAUCUACUCUACGUGCGCAACCUACACCAACAUUGACGCUAUUGUACCGCCCAAAUAUAUCGUCAUCAACAUUGAAAUAUGAUAGGUGAAGAGGAACGCGUACAUCAAUGUGGGGAAUGCGGCUUGACGCUUUCCACUCGCAGUGCAUUAACUGCACAUGCACGCUCGCACCGUGCCGCCGCCGAUGCACAUCGCUGCGAUGUCUGCCACAAAACUUUCGCCGUACCAGCACGACUCGUGCGCCAUUAUCGGACCCACACCGGUGAAAGACCUUUUGAAUGUGAAUAUUGCCACAAGAUGUUCAGUGUAAAGGAGAACCUGCAAGUCCAUCGUCGGAUCCACACCAAGGAAAGGCCUUAUCGUUGUGGAGUAUGCGGAGCAGCCUUUGAACAUUCUGGAAAAUUACACCGGCACGCUCGCAUCCACACCGGCGAGCGCCCUCAUGCUUGCCCACAUUGCCACAAAACAUUCAUCCAAUCAGGACAGCUCGUGAUCCACCUUCGAACACACACGGGUGAGAAACCUUACCGUUGCCCGGCACCAGGCUGCGGUAAAGGAUUCACUUGCUCCAAGCAGCUCAAAGUGCACUCGCGCACCCACACAGGAGAACGACCGUACACCUGUGAUAUAUGUUUACGUGAUUUUGGCUACAACCAUGUCUUGAAGCUACACCGAUUCCAACAUUACGGUGAACGCUGUUAUCGCUGUACUGUCUGCGAUGGCACCUUCAAUACUAAGAAGCAGAUGGAAGCCCAUAUUUACAAGGAACACGGUGCGGAAACCCCUCGCGCUCCGCCCAUGCAGCCUAAUUUACCCAUGGUAGUUAAUGGUAAUGUUAUGUGUGAAAUAGUAGAAGCAGCUCUACAGCAGCUGCCGCCCACGCCGCCUCGCUCGCCCCCGUCGCCCCACAGUCCUACCGCACCAGUCUCGGCCUCGGAGGGACAAUCGACUCCUUCGCCGAUCCCUUCACCCCCUCCACCCACAGCCACCUUGCAAUACACAUUUGCCCCUUCUUCCUUGCCACCAAGAAAGCGAAAACUUAUUCCUCAACCGAACUCAAUUACCGAACCUAUUGUACGUCACACUUCGGUAAUACAAUUCGCACCUGCAGCUGUUGAUUCAUAGUAAUGCUGUGCAUAAUACCUACAAUAUUUUAUAAUAGGUAAUAUUACUUUGUAGAUGCUUUUUCCACUUAGAUGCUGUAUGUUGAUUGAGAUGUAGCGCUAAUUUAAGAUGGUGUGUAAGUGAUACUGGUUAUAUAUUAUACAUAUUUGAGUACAUUUAAAAAAAAUGUAUUUGUAAAAUUAAACAGACAAGAGAAGUAUUCAAUUAUCGCGAUGCUUGACACACCAUUGUCUCUGUCUAGCUUCUAGGGAUAAGAUGUGAAGUUAUAUCGAAAUUUAGGUAUUUAGUUUCCUGAUAUAUGAAAUCCAAGCAAAAUCAAUUUAUAGGUAUUAAGUGAUAAGAAAAGACUAAUAAGGUAAUACUAAGUUAGUUGACUAAUGCAUUUGUGCCGUCUUAGUGUAAGAUUUUUUGUAUUUAUCUACUAUUGUGUUAUUCUUAUUACAAAUACUUAGUAAAAAAAACAAAAGACAA